AUGAGUUUUGUCAACAUUAAGUCAACGGUGCUGCCGUCCGGUCGGUCGAAGACGCUCGCCGAUGUGAGCAGCAGCAUCGAAGGCCGUGUCCACAACUCGGUCCACAACUUGCUCGGCGGUGACAUGCUAACGGCGUCGUCACCCAAGGAACCCAUGUUCUGGUCGCACCACGCACUCAUCGACCUCCUCCACACCAUCUUCUUUGAGUGCCGCGCCAAGGACGUUGAUCGAUACUCGGUCGUCAACAUGCUCGCUGUCGAAGACGUCCCGGGACAGAACGUCGAUGAGACGCCGGCCACCCAGGCAUGGUUUGCCGAUGUCCCUAACAAGUACUACGACCUCUCGGACGUCACAAAGCUCGGCAAGUUCAGCUACAACUACGAGAUGAGCGGGUUCCUCAAAGACAUGCUUAUCAACUGCGACAACGUCGUCACCAGCAACCGCGAAGACGCCGUCAUCGUCGACACGCAACACGUACUCAAGAGCACGUACCGCAAGGACAACGCCGACGAGCGUGACUGGCAGCGCGCCAUGAUGCAGCUCGGCGCCGCUUCGAACCUCACCGUGUCCGACGCCGAGCUCGAGAUGGAGAAGGUCCAGACGCUUCUGUACGAAAACUGCUUUCCCGGCACGAUCCAAGAUUUCGACCCCGAGUUCAAGAAGCUCAUGGGCAUGGAGAACAUGAAGUCGCACGACCUCAUGCUCCUCGAGUCGAUCCAGAGCGGCGCCAACCCGAUCAAGCUCCCGCUCGACAAGUGGACGGCGAUCAACGAGCAGACAUACCACUGCCGCGGCGACGUCAAGGUCACGCCCUAGUGCGCUUAGCGCCGACUGUCGUUAUCGAUCGCAGUGUGAUAACG